AAGGCAACUCUUCGACAUGGGUCGAUGAAAGUCGAGCUUCCCGCUGCGUUUGAAGAUGCGCCCAUCAGCGACCUCGUCGUACUCAUAGCCGACAUGCUCGAACGGCUAAUGUCCCACAACGACCUGAUCGCCCUCAGCCCCCAAUCCCUGACGCGCUUCCACUCCCGCUCCGCCCCCUCCAUCUCCAUCCUCGACUACCUCCUCCGCAUCACCCGCUUCAUCAACGUCGAGCGCUCCUGCCUCCUCGUCUCCCUCUACUACAUCGACGCCAUCUGCGCCCGCCACCCCCUCUUCACCCUCUCCUCACUCACCUGCCAUCGCUUCCUCAUCACCGCCAUCGCCGUAUCCAGCAAGUGCCUCUGCGAUACCUUUUGCACUAACGCGCUGUAUGCAAAGGUCGGGGGGAUCAGCGUGACGGAGCUUAACAUUCUUGAGAGGGAGUUUUUGCAGAUGAUCGAUUGGCGCUUGAUGUGCACGCGUGAGAUCCUAUCAGAGUACUACACAAACCUCGUCAGGACAAACACUUUGGGAAAAUACGCCAUCGCAGACUCCGACUCCACCUCGGACACCCCCGUGCUGCCCCGCAGACCCUCCGUCCCCCCAUCCCAACCCAAACGUCCCACCAUUGAGCAAAAUAUGGCUUUUGCGGCUCAUCAGAGAGGCGAGGGGUAGAAUCAACACACUAAUUUAUUCAUUCAUUUUAACAUUAAAAGAUUUAAAAAGAAGCGAAUGAUGCAUUGUAGAAUUUUUGGUGACGAAUGUUUCACUGACGUCUUUGAUAGGUUCGUAAGGGAGUGGUGCAUGCUCCAUAACGUAACGCCGAU